UUAAAAACCAGUAAGGCAUUGGUCACAUGUGAUUAUUUACAUUGUUCAAACCACUUGGUCGGUCAGUACGUGUUUAAUAUGCCUCGCGAGAGUAUGGGUGUAGGAAAGCUGAUUGGAUUUCUGAUGAUACUAGUGUUAUUACCCCUAAUAACUGCGGCUCCAGUGGAAAAUAGGGAUCAACAUUUUCGUGACCAUCACAUUCGGCAUAAACGACAAUUUGAUUUCUCCAUAAGUGCAGAGCAUGCAGACGAGGAGGGUACCGACAUCUUCGCAGAAGCUACAGCGCGACUAUGGGAAAGUCAGGACGGAAAUACCAGAGUUGAUGGAUCAGCAAAAGUGACGCACCACUCCGGGCCGUUUUCCUCCUUCGCUGACGAUUAUCGCUUGGCGCUCAAGAUAGUCUUUAUGUGAAUAAGGAAGUAUUUAUAAAUGUGUAAUAUAAGUUUUUCUCUGAUUCAUUGGAGCUUCUAUAAAACAACUUCUAUACAACAAAACUUUCAUAAAGUAAUAUUUGUGCACAUUUUUUAGUGAUAUUCCAUCGCUACGCCAACAUGUAACAAUUUAUCAAUGAAUGUAAAGAAGCUAAUUUGCGAUUCUCUUAUUUAGUGAUAAUCUUUUGACCUUGACAUAAGAAACGUGAAAUGCGUGUUUUUUUAUUAUCUAGUGGAAAAAUUAUAAAUAUAAAUAGACUUAGAGAAGCUGUAAAUAAAACACAUGAGCUUAGCGGAA